ACAUGAUCCUCCUGGCCGAAGGGCAUGUACUUCAACCAAAUAUAGCCAAGUAUAAAUAGCCCCCGGAUCCUCGGCCUCAUCCCCACUGAUAAACAACUGUUGUGUUUCUGUACACUUACAUUCAUUUAAGUUAAGGUAAGAAGCAGAAUAAGAAGCAGCACCAAUGGAUCAGUUUGAUUCCGAUUUUUAUCAGUCCGAUUAUGUAAUUGAAGACACUGAUCAAGGACUCUUUGUUACUGGGCAGGGCAGCAUGUAUGAGGACAAUAGAACAAGAACAGCAGAAUUUAUGCACUCUGGAAUGAUUUCCACUCCUCUGGAUCAAACAGGGUAUGUGUAUGAAGAACCAUCAUAUCCAUCGUACAAUUUCCAGACGAAUGGCGGUUUUGAUGAUGAACCGCCGUUGCUAGAAGAACUGGGUAUUAAUUUUGAUCACAUAUGGCAAAAGACGUUAACAGUCCUGAACCCAUGGAUGCCAGCAGAUGGCAGUAUUAUGAACGAAACUGACCUGGCAGGCCCUACAAUGUUCUGCUUUGCCCUUGGAUCCACACUCUUGCUGGCAGGAAAGAUUCAUUUUGGCUAUGUGUACACAAUGAGUAUACUUGGCUGCCUGGGAAUUCAUGCUUUAUUAAAUCUGAUGAGUAUCACAGGUGUCUCACAUGGAUGUGUUGCCAGUGUCUUGGGUUACUGCCUUCUGCCUAUGGUGAUUCUUUCUAGCGUUGCAAUAUUGUUUUCUUUACAGGGAAUCUUUGGUUCAGUCUUAGCUGCUGCCGUAAUUCUGUGGUGCAGUUUUUCAGCUUCAAAAAUAUUCAUCACUACCUUGGCAAUGGAAGGACAGCAGCUCCUGGUGGCAUAUCCUUGUGCUUUACUUUAUGGACUUUUUGCAUUGCUAACUGUGUUUUGAAAUAUGAAUUUUUCUUUGGAUCAAGAAACAACAAAACCUCAUCUCUUCUAACCCUUAUAUUUUCCAUUUUCUCAAUGCUCUGAGAUGCUACAUGAUAUGUAUAAUAAUCUGAUGGUGUUAUAGGCUGUAAUUGGAAGUGUGUCCUGUUCUUGUCUGUGAAACAAUAUUUGGGGGUUUAUGGUAUCAAAACUCUCACACUAAUUUUACACUCAUUACAAAAUAAUUAUAAAAAAGGACAAA